GUUACCACCGUUGCCUUUAUACUCGUCUGGGAGAAGUGACUGCGGCUACCGCAAUUUCAGCAUCAUGGAGGGCGUUUUGUGCUUUCUUGCUGAUUAAUUUUAGAACCCCGUGGGAAAAUGGCAGAGAGGUUGGAGUGGGUGGAGAUCAUUGAACCUCGCACAAGGGAGCGCAUGUACGCCAACCUACUGACAGGCGAAUGUGUGUGGGAUCCCCCACAGGGAGUUUGCAUCAAGCGAACUGGUGAAAACCAAUGGUGGGAACUGUUUGACCCCAACACUUCACGCUUCUAUUACUACAAUGCUUCCACCCAACGAACAGUGUGGCACAGGCCUCAAGAUUGUGACAUCAUUCCUUUAGCUAAGCUUCAGACCCUGAAGCAGCACACAGAUGCUUGUUCAACCGCUGGAGGAGAAGAGAGGGGUUCUGUGGACAACAGUACAGGACGGAACAGUAGAGUCAGCCGAGAAGGUAGCACCUCCUCCUUCCUUGAUCAGGAGCUUUGUGAAAAACAGAGCAACAAAGAUGACCAAGAGAGGGCUUCCUCAUUCCACUGGAGUACCGGUACAAAGGAACGGAUGCUCAUCAAGGUGACAGAAAGAGAGCCCAGCUUUUUGCCUCAUCAGGGAAAUGGCUACUCACCCUGUGAAUCCCCAACCGCUGGAGGGGGCAACACUUUGCGAAAUCGGCAUUCAUCUGGAAGAAAUCCUCUCUCAGAACCCAACGGCUCCCCUGUCCUCUACUCUGACCGUUCUCAGUCUCCAUAUUUAAACCAGGCUGAACUAGGCAGCGGUGGGGCCCACCAUCGUCCCUCAGCUGAGUUCCAACCUCCAUCACCAUGCUACGCCUUUGAGACCCCUUUGUAUGAGGAGCCACCAUCUGACUAUAAGCCACCACCUAUCUAUGAAGAGCCUCCUACUGACAUGACCCUCUCAGACUCAUCUUGCCUUUAUGGAUCAAAUAAGUCACCAUCCAGGAAGUCUCCAGCCCCGUUCUAUCACUCCCCCAAGCAGAACCAAUCAUCCUAUGGACAGCUGAUUUUGACACGGCAGAAAUGUCCAGAAAAAACUCAGAGUCUGGAGUACAGUCCUGUAGGAAAGGAAUAUGUCAAACAGCUGGUGUACGUGGAACAGUCAUCUUCCAGUCCACGCUUCAAGACUACUGACCGUCUGCAGCGUUAUGGCACUAAUGGAAGCCUUGGUGGUUCAUACGGGGGGUCCUAUACUCUGCAGCAUAGCCAGUCUCUGAUUAGAGAUCCCCUCCAAGUUUUGGACUAUCGUGGGAAGGAGGGAGAAGGUCAAAGGUUUAUAUAUGAAGACUCCAUUUCCUGGGCAUCUGGUCAGACUCACUCCCUGUCCUCCUCCUCCACUACAGCUGGGCCUGCCGGUUUCUCUCCCAGUGGCAACCGCAAACGCAAGAGCAGUAAGCCAUCCCUCCCCCAGGAGCUUGGAUGCUGCGGGAAAGAGGAGCUCUCAGGAACAGGAUCAGAGGUGAUUUUAGCCCAAGCCAGGCUGGCAUGGGAAGCCCAGCUGGUAAUGAAACAAAGGAGCAGUUGGGAUUCUGGUCAGGAAGGAGGAGUGACCCAGUGCAGUGGCUCCAAAGAUGGAUAUGAAAGUGAUGGGGCAAUGCCUCUACCACUGCCAGGACCAGUUGUGAGGGCAUUCAGUGAGGAUGAGGCACUAGCCCAGGGUGAUGCCCACCACUGGAAACGCAGUACCUUUGACCGUUUGGGCUUCCCUCAGGCCCUGCUGGAGAAGAGCCUCUCUGUUCAGACCAACCUGGCCUCCCCUGAGCCAUACCUGCACCCCUCACAGUCGGAGGAUCUUGGAGCCUGUGCCCAGUUUGAAGCCAGUCGAAAUGCCAGGAAUAUGAUGCCAAGUUCCAGCUGUGGCAUUUUCACAGAAUUUAACUUGAGAAAGCCUUCAUCGGAGACUGACAUUGAAAACUGGGCAUCCAAGCACUUCAAUAAACAUACACAAGGUUUGUUUAGGAGAAAAGUUUCCAUUGCCAACAUGCUGGCUUGGAGCAGUGAGCCCAUCAAGAAACCAAUGAUUGUGACUACAGAUCGAGCCAUAAAGAAGGAAGCUGUGGACAUCUUUAAGCUCAUUCAGACUUUUAUGGGAGAUCGUCGCUCCAAAGUGGACCCCCUUUCUUUGGCUCUGGAGGUGGUGGUUCGGGGAUGGAGUAAUCAGGGUCUCCGUGAUGAACUCUACAUCCAGCUGUGCCGGCAAACUACAGAGAACUUCCGAUAUGAUAGCCUGGAGCGUGGUUGGGAGCUAAUGGCCAUCUGUCUAGCCUUCUUCCCCCCAACACCUCAUUUCCACGCCUACCUGGAGGGUUACAUCUACAGGCACAUGGACCCACUGAAUGACACCAAGGGGGUUGCCAUUAGCAGCUAUGCCAAAUACUGCUACAGGAAACUGAUGAAAGCUGCGUUGACUGGAGCCAAGAAGGGACUGCAGAAGCCUUCUCUAGAGGAAAUCCAGCAUGCCAAGAAUGCCAUUUUUAGUCCAUCCAUGUUUGGGUCUUCAUUAGAGGAGGUAAUGGCGCUUCAGAAGGAGAGAUACCCAGAUCGGCAGCUGCCCUGGGUUCAGACUCGUCUGUCCGAAGAGGUUUUGGGUCUCAAUGGAGACCAAACAGAGGGCAUUUUCAGAGUACCAGGAGACAUAGAUGAAGUCAAUGCCCUAAAGUUGCAAGUUGAUCAGUGGAAUAUUCCCACAGGACUGGAAGACCCACAUAUCCCAGCUUCUCUUCUGAAACUGUGGUACCGGGAACUGGAAGAGCCACUGAUCCCGCAUGAGUUCUACAGUGAGUGUAUCAGUAGCUAUGACAACCCAGAGGCUGCUGUCAAUGUGGUGUUGGGCCUACCACACAUCAACAAGCUGGUACUCUGCUACCUCAUUCGCUUCCUACAGGUGUUUGCCCAACCUGUCAAUGUAGCCAUUACCAAGAUGGAUGUGAACAACCUGGCCAUGGUCAUGGCUCCCAACUGUCUACGGUGCCAGUCAGAUGACCCCAGGGUGAUUUUUGAGAACACCCGCAAGGAGAUGUCCUUUAUCCGGGUGCUCAUCCAGCGACUAGACACCAGCUUCAUGGAUGGAAUCUUAUAGCCCCUCUCUUCGUGAUUAAAGGAAUUCACUGACACACCACCCCCCAUGCUCCCUUUAACCUGCUCCAUCAUGGGCCCCUGCACACUCCCACAGCACAAAUUGGUGAUGAUGGGUGAAUACUUGGCAAUUUGAUUUUUACUUUUUAACAACAAAAACUGCCUUGAUUUGAGUUUCCUGCUUUACUUUCUGAGUUGAACCAGCUGUUUUUCUAUUUCUGUGGAUAGCUGUAAUGUUGCAUAAAAACACCAAAAUUUAGUUGGAGAUUUCUGAACAUACAAGUACUGUGUGUGCCUUCACAUCCGUUGUUACACUUCACACAUUCAGUUUGACAUUUGCAGGGAUCUCAUCACUACACAAAUUUCUCUGGCAUAUCUGUAACCCCUGGUUAAUUGUUAGUGAAGUCAUUUUCUGUUUCCACACUGCCAAAUGCGAGCUUUCAUACAAGUCUGGAGUAAUGCUAUGUGAUAUAGAGGAAUCGGUGAGAUGAAUGAACUGGUGCAUGUUUACCAGACCCUCCACUAAUGUCUCACACUUCAAAGGAAAAAGCUUUAUCCAGAUGGUUGGGCACUAAUUAUUCACCUGACAGAAAUUAUACCCUAUCAGGCUUUUGAAGAUAGGCUGUCCCUACUCUGUGGUUUUUCUGUUUGGGAGCAGGUUAAAGGAGCAAUAAGUGAUCUUUCACCACUAGGUUGCUUGAGCACCGUCUAUAGACCAAAACAGGAUGUGUGACAAGCUGUGCCUCUCUUUAUCUACACUCCAGCUGCCACCCAGCCCCUCCAUUCCCUUCUCAUCUAUCGCCUCCUAUGUGCAUAUUUGUAAAGAAUAAAUGCACAGUGAAACAGCAUCACCUUUCACAGGAACAUUUCUAGUGUAGGAAUAAAUAACCCAUAACUUUAUUAAGCUGUAAGUAAGAGAACAUUUUGGUCUGCUGGGGGGUGCUCACCGCCAUGUUGUUCCAACAUUCCGUUGCUCUGACAGUGGUAUUUUAGGGGCAGGGAGGGGCUAAGCUCUGAGUGGAACAUACAUGUACAUAUAACCAUGCGUGGUUGGCCCGGCUAUGUAAACAAAAGACUGGAGAAAAACACAGAGAGAUGCAGUGUGAUGUCAUACCAUAGUUCAUCUGAAAUACUACCUUUAGUUUUUCAUGUCAACAUUUUUUUUCUAUCUAAAAUAAUAAAAUUUUACUUAUUGCUCCUUUAAAGUAUUUAGUCCAGUUGUUUUAAAUGGUUUAAAAUCCUGAUUUUAAUAGGUAUGAAUUCUCUAUAAUGUCCUCUUUGCUCUGUAACAUGUGCUCAACUGUUAUAAUUGCAAUGCAUUUUGUUUCAAGAGCUUUUAUAAAAUCAGAAUUGCUCCUCUCCCCAAGAGCAAGCGGCUGGUUGUAACUGAAUAAUCAGCCAUGUUCUCAAGCAGGAACUCGCCUGUUUCUAGUGGAGCAGUUUCUAGUUUUGUCAUUGGAUUCCUUUAUUAUUUACUGUCCCUACGUUAAUGUGUUUUCAAACUUAGCAAAAUAAUAUUUUGGUAUCAUCAGUGAGAGCUGCAGGACAGGCCUUACAUGUUUGCAUCAGAAUAGACAGACAGCUUUUAGGAUACUGUGUCUGUGGAUUUUCAGUAAGCUUUCUAAGAUGUUCAGUUCAUCUCUAGAGCUCACGUAGGAAGGUAAGCAGCGGCUUAUACUUUGGCUCAAUGACAUGAUGUUAGGGAGUAAAUUAUUCUCAAAGCCUUGUCGUGUUCUAUAUUAAGGUUAUCUGAAUAAAAUCUUUAUGUCUAUUGACUGCAAAAUUAUGGUGCUGUCCAACAACUUUGUUAAACAGCUUUCUGGAACUGAUGAACUACCGACCCAAGGAGAAACAAUGACAACACUGCCAGUAACCCCCUUCAUGAAUGCUAUUGGCCACUUUGGGACCACCUAGCUGCUUUUGCAUGGACUGAGAGAGAAAUGUCCGCCCAAAAAGAAUUAGUCCAACACUUCCACCAGCCCAGAUAGGCCUUUCAGCUCACUAGUGAUUCAUUAGUGUUUGCAUGAGUUCAUUUGACAAUAUUUUGAAAAUGUCUCAUGUGUCCAUUCAGUCUUUUUUUUGAGUAAACAUUUGUGUAUUUGUUUGAAAUAUUUUCAAUUUUUAACAAUUUAAUUUUAACCAAUUUAUUUUUUGUUAUUUAUUUACAUUUAUUUACAUUUCAGAAUUUCCUAAACGCUUUGACAUGCUAUAUGUCAAAAAGUCAUAAUCUAAGAGUUUAUGUAGGGUAUUGCUGCUCUGUGACCAAACUUUAUACAGGUAAGUUGUGCAUUUUACAUCCAGUUCCCUCACUAAGAUAACACAGGUGACAUGUAAAAUGUAUACUGUGAUGACUGUAACAGAGGGAGCACACAUUGUUGGGGAGGGGAGGAGGCAAGCAUGCUGUAACUCGUUAUCUUUGCUAAAUGUAAAUUCUCCUCAUAUAGAUGGAGGGCUACAAGACAAUAUCUGAAUUAAUUUCCUAAAAAUCUGUAAAGGUUCUGAAGAAUGUAGAUAUCUAAACAGUUCGGAGACAGCAACCUUCCUGUGUGUUCAUACUGUGUGCAGUUCAGAUGUUCUCCCUAAGGUCAAAGACACUGACAGGGACUGGAGAGGUGACCAAUGUAUUCUGCGUCACACUUUAAAUGGAUAAUCUUGACAGUUUGGGCUAAAAUAUGACGUCACAAUUGCUAAAUGGUUAUGGGAUGUUUUCAUUGCUUAAACAAGACUUGGUUCCGUCUAUGAAGAUAUGCCUGCUUCAUUUUGCAAUGGCUGAUACAUCGUGGCAGUGUGAAUGUCUCGUGUUUGUGUUUUUUUUAUGUAACAGAUUAGUUGUAGACUAAGCAAAUCAUCCCGUUAGCAUGUCCAUAGAGUCUCCCCUGUCACCAACAUGAAAUUUAUUAAUGUGACAAAGAAAACAAGGUGAUUUCAUAAUUAACUGUUAAUAAAUAGUUCUAAAGAAACUAUAAAGAAAAAACAGUCAAUUCAAUUCAUGUUUUGGAUUCUUUUUUCUACUUGGUUUGUAUGAUAAAUUGCUAGUUGUGUCAACGCUUAUUGUCUAACAUGACCAUAUACCCUUAUUGUUAGUCUCCCAGUUGUACAUUAAUGUCUGCUGUCAGACAUAAUUACACGCGGGGUAACAGAAGACACUGGAGGUAUAAGAAAUUUUGGUCUAAUAAACAUUCAUAUGUCAACCUGA